ACCAUUACACCCCUUGUCUUGUCUUUCCGCUGUUUUCUCUGAUUCUUCUCUCUUUCUCUCUCUCUCUCUCUCUCUCUUCAAUCCAUUUCCUUCACUUUCUCUAAUUAUUAUUCUCUGCAAUUUUCUCAAAAUUUGGUCCUCUUUUUCCUCAAGCAUUAGAGAAUUUAAAGUAGGAGUGAAAUGAAGAAGAAACCCUAGGUGUGGAGAAAACCCUAAUUUAAUCCACCUGUUGUUGGGUUGUUUGAAUUGAAAUUGUGAAAGGUAGUGGAAGAGGGACAUGGAAGGAAGUCCACAUCCAAUACCUAGGACCGUAGAGGAAGUUUUCAACGAUUUCAAAGGCCGUAGAGCUGCUUUAAUCAAAGCACUUACCACAGAUGUUGAGAAGUUCUAUCAGCAGUGUGAUCCUGAAAAGGAGAACUUGUGUCUCUAUGGGCUCCCUAAUGAAACGUGGGAAGUAAACCUCCCUGUUGAGGAGGUGCCUCCUGAACUUCCUGAACCAGCACUAGGUAUAAACUUUGCCCGUGAUGGGAUGCAAGAGAAAGACUGGUUAUCACUUGUUGCAGUUCACAGUGAUUCAUGGUUGCUUUCUGUUGCAUUUUACUUUGGUGCACGGUUUGGGUUUGGAAAGAGCGAGAGGAAGAGGCUUUUCCAGAUGAUAAAUGAUCUACCUACAGUGUUUGAGGUUGUGACUGGAGCUGCUAAACAGGCAAGGGAUGCUGCUCACAAUAGCAACAGCAAAAGUAAAUCAAGCGGAAAGUUUCGACAGUCAGAGCCCCAGCACAAGGGAGUGAAGAUGUCUCCACCUAAAGAGGAGGAUGAGAGUGGGGAGGAGGUGGAAGAAGAAGAUGAACAAGGGGCAACCCUCUGUGGAGCUUGUGGUGAUAAUUAUGGCCAAGAUGAAUUCUGGAUUUGCUGUGAUGUGUGUGAGAAAUGGUUCCACGGAAAAUGUGUGAAGAUCACUCCAGCAAAGGCUGAGCACAUCAAGCAGUAUAAGUGUCCUAGUUGCAGUAACAAGAGGGCCAGAGUUUAGACUGUAGAGCAGCAUCAUCAUUGAAGUGGUGAAUGAAAGGUGUAGAAUUUGUAGCUUAACUUACCAAACUAAAACUCAAGCUUGUGACCCGUGACAAAAUUAAUGUAUGCUGAUAGAAUUGCAUUUUUAGAUUUUGCAUUCUGCUUUUCUUGUAUGCUUUUGUAUUGUGUUUUAGAUCAAGUAAAUUUGUGCCUUUUGUCAUUGUGUA